AUGAUAAAUCUUCUUCUAAUGUUGCAGAACUCGCACGAACUCAGGGGUAAGAAGGUCCGGCCCUUUAAGAAGGAGGACCUAGGGUUCCGCUGGCCGGAUAUGCCCCCGGCUGACAUUACCCCCCGCACGUCUCCCAAAAUCCGACUGAACGCCCUACGGUACGGCCCAGAACGAACCUCGGAGUACCCUUGGGAGAGGGACAUGAGACUCAGGAGGCGUGGCCACCCUCGACCGUUCGAGGUCCACGCCCGGGAUAAAGACCUGAGGGACAACCUGUAUGUAAUGGGUGUCAAUCUGUUCCUUGACCGGACACUACAGGAGCACCACACAGAUCGAUUCAUGUUAAAUAAAACGAGGUCAGAUCACGUAGAUGAAAAUAAGGAGGAACCAGAACCGGAUUUGAUUGUGCGGCGCGGUCAGCCGUUUAUCAUCGGUUUGAGUCUAAACGAAACUUUCAAUAGAGGAAAGCACGACUUACAACUGAGUUUCUCGACAGGAAGUGACCGACCGGACCCGGCGGACGGCACAUGGGUCUUACUGGAUGUUAAAGACGAAUUUGACAAGCACAAAAAGGUACAUGGUUGGCGGAUGUACGUCAUCAGGUCAUCGAACAAGUCGAUGGUACUCGAGGUAACCACGCCCCCUACUUGUACAAUCGGAGAAUGGGUACUCAGCAUAUUCUCAACAACACUUGGGAUUUACGUUCCUGCUAAACGGGAGCUAAGAUAUGAACACCCAGGUGACAUCGCCGUUCUGUUCAACCCUUGGAACCCCGCGGAUCAGGUUUAUAUCGACAGAGUUGUCUGCCCGGAAGCUGGGGUUAGGGGUCACACCGACCCUAUCGAUGAGUAUGGCCUUAAUGACUGUGGCAUAAUCUUCCUUGGGAGGGCAGACAAGGUCUUAGCCAAACCAUGGAAUUUUGGACAGUUUGAUGAAGACAUCCUGAAGAUAAGCCUUCAUUUACUGAGGAAGGCGUUCAACUUUGAGGUGUCGAGUCAGUUGUCCGACCCCGUACUGGUGUGUAGGGGUCUCACAAAGGUGAUAAAUAACAUUGAUGGUACUGGCGUGAUGACUGGAAAGUACCGGGGAACGUUUGCAGACGGCAUACGGCCGACGGCGUGGAUUGGGAGUCCCCGGAUAUUAAAAAUGUAUAAUAUGCAAAACGGCAUACCGGUCAAAUACGGGCAGCCGUGGGUGUUUUCCGCAGUUUUCACUACCGUUUGUAGAGCGCUCGGGCUACCCUGUCGAAGCGUCACGAACUUUGUGUCUGCCCAUGAUCCUGACCGAAAUCUGUCUAUCGACAAGGGAUACACUAUCGACCCAUUUAACGGAGUGCAGAAGGUGGUGGAUACGCAUGCGCUGUGGGAUUUCCACGUGUGGAACGAGGUAUGGAUGAAGAGGCCCGACCUCCCGGAGAAGCCUGAUAAUCUUAGUGGCUGGCAAGUGCUUGACCCCACCCCACAGGAACCCUCUGGCCAUAUAUACGUGUGUGGUCCCUCCUCUGUGACAGCCGUGAGGAAGGGCCUUUGUGAUCUCCCCUAUGACACUGCUUUCAUAUUCGCCGAACUAAAUGCGGGAAGGACCAUAUGGCAGAGACGACCUGGAGUAAACUGGAUCAAAAUAAAAGAGGAUUCGAAUAUUGCAGGAAAAUUGAUAAUCACAAAGUACCCGGAUGGUCAUCCAUAUACUGGAGGGGACACAGCAUCCAUUAAAUACGACCUUACUCUACUGUACAAAUUCCCGACAGGCAGUGAAGAGUCAGAGAUCGUGAUGAGAAACGCCUUACGUAGUGUGAAGGUACAACGUCUGUCGGAGAAAGCCGAGCUUGCAAAACAGGAUAUAGUGAUGGAUAUCGUCUCUGACCGCGCUGAAAUGGUGGGCUCCGACGUCUACUUUACAAUCAAAUUGACAAACAUCAGUCGACAGAAUGACGAGGUGACCAUUGGUGAUCUGGUAAUCACGGUAACCAGUCACGUUUACACGGGUGGCGACACUACUCCUCUGAAGAAGAUUGUCUACAACAAUCUUCUCCUCAAAUACAGACAGGUAUUAAGCUACCAGUUAAGAGUAUCCCCAGCAGACUAUGACCUCAAUCUGAAACCACUUCUGCUAUUUGAGGUGGAGGCUACAGCCAAUGUUAAGGAGACGGGUACCAUUGUGAUAGCCACGCUAGACUACAGUUUAACGCUCCCUACGGUCGGUAUACAGACACAGAGCCAUUGUAAGAUGAAUGAACCGACUGAUGUCCAUUUGACCCUUCGGAAUCCUUUCCAUGAUACCUGGUUGACAUUCUGUGUAGUAUCUAUUGAAGGAAAUCUGUUCGGAACACCUCCACCAAUUACACAGCCGAACUUAAAACCUCGUGAUCGAUGGCAUAUAACAAUUCCCCUGACGGCGAGAAAGGCAGGCACAGGAACCAUAUUUGUGUCAUUCGAAUGUAAAGAAAUACCAGGCAUACACGGUGUUACCAAACUUCAGGUGUAUGAGUGA